GCCUAGAGCAGUGAGAGCGCGUGCGCGAGCUGCCUCACGCUGUGGCCGUGCCGGUCUAUCCGGCUGCGCGCUCUCGCAGUCUGUGGGCCAACUGGAGGCGGGGCGGGGCAGCAUGGCAGCCUCCUUGCGGCUCCGUGGAGCCGCCUCCGGCCUCCAGUACUGGAAACACCGGCAGCGGCCCGCAGCUGUCAGCUUUGCAGCGGUGUAUUCUAGGUCAAUGGCUUCUAAGACUCCAGUUGGAUUCAUUGGACUGGGCAACAUGGGGAAUCCAAUGGCAAAAAAUCUCAUGAAACAUGGCUAUCCUCUUAUUGUUUAUGAUGUGUUCCCUGAUGCAUGCAAAGAGUUUCAAGAGGCAGGCGAACAGGUAGUGUCUUCCCCAGCAGAUGUAGCUGAAAAGGCUGACAGAAUUAUUACAAUGCUGCCCACCAGUAUCAAUGCAGUAGAAGCUUACUCUGGGGCAAACGGAAUUCUAAAAAAAGUGAAGAAAGGCUCAUUAUUAAUAGAUUCUAGUACCAUUGAUCCUGCAGUUUCAAAAGAAUUGGCCGAAGAAGUUGAGAAAAUGGGAGCAGUUUUCAUGGAUGCCCCCGUUUCUGGUGGUGUAGGAGCUGCUCGAUCUGGGAACCUCACGUUUAUGGUGGGAGGAGUCGAAGACGAAUUUGAUGCUGCCAAAGAGUUGCUGGGAUGCAUGGGCUCCAAUGUGGUGUAUUGUGGAGCUGUUGGGACUGGGCAGGCAGCCAAGAUCUGCAACAACAUGCUGUUAGCUAUUAGUAUGAUUGGAACUGCUGAAAGUAUGAAUCUUGGAAUCAGGUUAGGGCUUGACCCCAAACUAUUGACUAAAAUCCUAAAUAUGAGUUCAGGACGCUGUUGGUCAAGUGACACUUAUAAUCCUGUACCAGGGGUGAUGGAUGGCGUUCCGUCAGCUAAUAACUAUCAGGGAGGAUUUGGAACAACACUCAUGGCUAAGGAUCUGGGAUUGGCACAAGAUUCUGCCACCAGCACAAAGAGCCCAAUCUUUCUGGGCAGCGUGGCCCAUCAGAUCUACAGGAUGAUGUGUGCAAAGGGCUACUCAAAGAAAGACUUCUCAGCUGUGUUCCAGUUUCUAAGAGAGGAGGAGAACUUCUGAGUGUGCCCUUUGGCAUGGAUGCUGUUGGAACAGACUCUCCCCUGGAGCUCCCUUCUAGCUCACUCCACAAGUAAAUAGGUUUAAUCAAGGUCAUCUCUCUGCUUUUGAUUGUCUAUGCUACAGAAAUCCCUAGGAUUUCUCAACCGUAUUCUUUUUGUCUGUUUAGCAAACAUCUGAAAGAAAAUUUUUUUCUGCAAGCCAUUAAGGGAUUUUGCUAAACUAAAUUGACCUUUUUAAGAAGUGUGAUACCAGAGUAUCUUCAAAUAUAUUAUUCCAUACUUCAAUCAGGAUAUUAUUUACUCUACUUUACAAAUAAAACCAAGUAUUUUGUCAACAAGAUGAAAUCCAUCUUAAAAGAAGCCAGUGUGAGGAGAAUUAGAGAAAGGAAGUAUAGUAAAUUAUUACCUACAUCCCUUGGGAAAUUGGUGCUGUUAACCAAGUGGUGGUAUUCUUGGAUUUCUGAGGUUACUGAUUUGUUUUUCAGGAAAUUGAUAAAACAAUUCCUGCAUAUUUUAUAAUUUGAACUCUGUUACAGUAUCUUAGUGUAUCCCUCUUAUUAUAACUCCCAGUAUUCAACAGACUUGUUUCUAUAUUUCUUGCUUCCUUGUACAUUCUUACUACAUAUUUUUUGACUUCAAAAGAAUGACAUCUUAAGACUGUUUCACAGCCAAUGAAGUUAUUUGCUUUAGAUAAUUAUUAUAUUCUAAAUAUAACCAUAUUAUUUUGAAUUAAAAUAAAUUUCUAUGCUGAUA